AUCGUCUCUAUUCCUAUCUUCUCUCUUUCUCGCUGUCUUCUGAUAAUAGUUUACUUUAUAAACUUCAACAAUCAAUGUACACGUAAAUAUAUCAUCUUUCUCUCUAUCUACCACCCGAUUGAUAAUAUUGAACCAGUAAGCCAGAGAAAUUGGAUAAGAUCUAUAACUAUCGAUCAAUCUCAAGUACUUUUCUUCAAUCUUAAUGCUACAAAUGAGGUUGCCGCCGCUUCUUUACGUUGUUUUCUGUUUUCUACCUGUCAUUAUCUUCUCCACUACUCCCGGAUUUGCAGCCAAUCCGACCCUUCACCCGCCGGAAGUGAAGGUGCUGGAGGAGAUUGGGAAAGAGUUGGGAAAGAAUGAUUGGGAUUUUAACAAGGAUCCUUGCAGUGGAAAGGGGAAUUGGAGUCUCCCUAUUCUCAAGAAGGGUUUUGAGAGCUCUGUAACUUGCAAUUGCUCUUUCAAUAACAAUCUCACUUGCCAUGUUGUAAGCAUAGCUUUGAAGUCACUAAAUUUUUCAGGUGACCUGCCACCACAGUUUGCAAAACUUCGUCAUCUUAAGAACUUAGACUUGAGUCGUAACUAUUUUCAUGGUUCUGUUCCCUCUCAAUGGGCUACAUUGCAGUUGGUUGAUCUGUAUCUCCUUAAUGGGAAAUCGGUUAUCUGGUCCAUUUCCAAAUGUACUCACCAAGAUCACCACCCUCAGAAACUUGAGUGUUGAAGGAAACUACUUCAAUGGAACUAUCCCAACAGGAAUUGGGAAACUGGUUAAUUUACUAAAACUUACUCUUUCAUCAAAUUCAUUUACUGGAGAAUUGCCUGUGGCACUUUCAAAUUUGACCAACCUUGUGGAUAUGAGGAUAAGUGACAAUAACUUCACUGGAAGGAUACCAAAUUUCAUUGCAAACUGGAAAUACAUACAGAAACUGCACAUUCAAGGUUGUCCAUUGGAGGGACCCAUUCCUUCCAGCAUUGGUACAUUAACAAGUUUGACUGACCUGCGGAUCAGUGACUUAAAGAGUGGACGUUCUACCUUUCCCCCUCUUAAUAAUUUGGAGUCCUUGAAGACACUGAUACUGAGGAAGUGUUUAAUCCAAGGAAAGAUACCUGAUUUUCUUGGUGAACUUGUAAAACUGAAAAUUUUGGACCUCAGUUUCAACAACUUAACUGGUGAAAUUCCAUCUUCUUUCAACAAACUGCUCAAAGUUGAUUUUAUGUAUUUGACAGAAAAUAGGCUAGUGGGACCCUUACAAGAAUGGAUGAUAUCAAAAAACUGGAACUUAGAUGUAUCUUACAACAACUUCACUUGGGGGAGAUCCAGUCCAAAGGGGUGCACACAACCUACUGUGAACCUUGUAGAGAGCUAUUCUCAAUCAGCAAAAAAAAUAAGUGAAAUUCACCCAUGCCUAAAGGGGAACUUCCCUUGUUCUUCUAGGAAUGAACGCUAUUAUUCUAUGUACAUCAACUGCGGUGGCAAUGAAGUUUAUGUAAAUAACACCAAGUACGAAGCAGACCUUGACUCAAGAGGUGCUUCCACAUUUUACAAUGCACAGAACUGGGCAUGGAGCAGUACUGGGAACUUCAUGGAUAAUGAUGCAGAUUUAGAUUCUUAUACUAUAUCAAAUAAUUCUGCCCUGCUUAAUGUCUCUGAAGAACUGCAACUUUAUACAACAGCACGCAGAUCACCCCUCUCUCUCACCUACUACGGACUAUGUCUUGGUAAUGGGAAUUACUCUGUCAAACUCCAUUUUGCUGAACUUCAAUAUACAAAUGACAAGACAUUUACCAGCCUUGGAAAGAGAGUUUUUGAUGUCUACAUCCAGGGGAAGUUAGUAUUAAAAGAUUUUAACAUUGUCCGUGAGGCUGGCGGAGCUGUUAAACCUACUGUAAAGACUUUUAGUACCUUAGUGACGAACAACACCUUGAAGAUACACUUCUACUGGGCUGGAAAAGGAUCAACGGGAAUCCCAGCAAGAGGAGUAUAUGGUCCUCUCAUAUCAGCUAUAUCAGUUGAUCCUAACUUUAAACCUCCUUCUUCACACAAGAUUAACCCUAUAAUGUUGACUGGGGCUGUAGCUGGGGGAGCAUUUCUUAUCAUUGUUGUCCUAGCUGUUCUUUGGAGAAAAGGCUAUCUGGGAAACAAAAUAGCAAUUGACAAAGAUCUUAGAGGCCUAGACCUGCUAACUGGAAUUUUCACAUUAAGACAGAUGAAAGCAGCAACCAAGAAUUUUGACGUAGAUAAUAAAUUAGGGGAAGGUGGUUUUGGAUCAGUUUAUAAGGGUAUGUUAUCAGAUGGGACAAUAAUUGCAGUGAAACAGCUAUCCUCAAAAUCAAGGCAAGGAAGCCAUGAAUUUGUGAAUGAAAUUGGAAUGAUUUCUGCUUUACAACAUCCAAAUCUUGUAAAAUUGUAUGGAUGUUGUAAUGAAGGGAACCAAUUACUAUUGGUUUAUGAAUACAUGGAAAACAACUGCCUUUCCCGUGCCCUCUUUGGUCGGGAUAAAACUUGCAAGUCGAAACUAGACUGGCCUACCAGGCAGAAAAUCUGCCUCGGCAUAGCAAGGGGAUUGACUUACCUACACGAAGAAUCAAGACUUAAGAUAAUACAUAGAGACAUUAAAACCAGCAACGUUUUGCUUGACAAGAACUUUGAUGCAAAAAUAUCUGAUUUUGGCUUGGCAAAACUUUAUGACGAUGCGCAUACUCACGUUAGCACUCGAAUUGCAGGAACUAUUGGCUACAUGGCUCCUGAGUAUGCAAUGCGAGGAUAUUUAACAGAAAAGGCAGAUGUUUACAGCUUCGGAGUGGUUGCUUUGGAAAUUGUCAGCGGAAUAAGCAAUGCAAACUUUAGGCCAACCGAAGAAUUUGUCUAUUUGCUGGACUGGGCUUAUGUUCUUCAAGAGAGGGAGCGUUUAAUGGAACUGGUGGAUCCAGAUUUGGGAUCUCAAUAUUCUGCAACAGAGGCAAUGGUGAUGCUGAACAUAGCUCUUUUGUGCACCAAUGCAUCGCCAACUUUGAGGCCAACAAUGUCACAGGCAGUGAGCAUGCUCGAGGGCCGAACUGCAGUUCAAGAUUUGCUAUCUGACCCUGGAUUUUCAGCUGUUAAUUCCAAGUAUAAGGCCAUUAGAAGCCACUUUUGGCAGCACCCCAUUCAAUCUCAGACCUUGUCCACCACCUGUCCCCAUACCGACGACGACGAGUCCUGUUCCAAUGUUGAUGCUGAUGAAGUGACUGGACAACUUAUAAGAGAUGAUUGAUUGAUUGAUUCCCUUGAGACAUUAUAUUUUAUUUGAAAAACCAUAUUUUAUUCUUAACACGAAUCCACAACCAAAGUUAGUUAGGUUGUGGGAGUCAUCAUGAGACAGUUGCAUAACUCCACAAUCUAACUAAUAUGACAUAAGAUAAGACUCUUUUCGGUUGAGUACCCUAAUGGGUUAGCUACUAACAAUUAAUUGUAGAUAUGUUGUUCAUUAUAAACACUCAUUUGUAAGUUUAUGGGUUCCAAAUAAAGUUGUUUUUUUUUUAAAUUAUU